AUGAAUUUCUGCCGCAAACCGCAUGUGCUGCUGUGUGCUAGCGGGAGCGUGGCGACGAUCAAGGUGCCGGAGAUUGCAGUGCGUUUAUCGGAGACAGCAGAGGUGUGCGUGGUACUCACCAAGUCAGCAGAUUUUUUCCUACAACGCGCCCAAGAUUACGAUGCAAUCGCUUGGGCGGAGUUCAUUGCAGCAACACAAUUUUCACAUAUUGAACAUGGUAACAAAAUUGAAGUUGUUCGUGAUGAUGACGAGUGGAAAGUGUGGAAUAUCGUGGGGGACCGCGUGCGUCACAUUGAGCUUAAGGACUGGGCUGACGUGAUGCUUUUGGCUCCUAUGUCUGCAAAUACCCUCGGAAAACUCGCGAACGGCUUGGCAAAUAAUCUCGUAACAUGCAUUGCUCGGGCUUGGAUCAUGACCAAGCCUUUUAUAUUCGCACCUGCGAUGAAUACGGAUAUGUGGAACCAUCCAAUCACAGCUAAACAACUUCGAGUGCUAAAUGAGCUCGGAUACAAGAUGAUUCCCCCCGUGGAGAAGAAAUUGGCUUGCGGAGUUAUUGGAAAUGGAGGCCUUGCAAUGGUUGAUAGCAUUGUCGCUUUCACACUUGAGGAAUUGAGCUACGUAACUCUUCCCAAGUAG